AUGGCGCUCUCAUCGCCUUGGCUGAAGCUGGAUGCGGCUGCCCCCGAUGUGCUGCUGUCGAGCUCUCUGGACGGCACUGUUCGUGGAUGGGACCUGCGUAGCGGCCAGCAGAUCCAACAGUUUGCGGCGGGGAAGGGAAUGGGUUUGAACGCGCUCGCAGUCUCUGGUGACACGCUGGCGGCCGGGUCGGACGGGUGUGUGUACUUCUGGGACCGGCGAUCACAUGAGCAGUUGGCCUGCUUCGAUGACACGCACCCAGAGGCGGUCACGCAGGUGCUGUACCAUCAGCAGAACUUCAUCAGUGGGUCCAUGGACGGACUCAUUAAUGUGGCAGACUUUAGCGAUGUUGGCCUGAACGAAGAUGACAGCUUCAAGGCCGCGUUGAACCUGGACGCAUCUGUCAGCCGCCUGGGAUUCUAUGGGGAGCAGCAGGAGCACCUCUGGUGUCUGAGUCACACAGACACACUGCACCUUUGGGACUGGCAAACCGCCUGCGACGAGGAGGCUGAAGGGGGAGAGGGCUCACUGGCGGAUGUAAUGGACGUGAAAGAGCAAGUGUCAGAGGGGCAAAGCAGUCUGCCAUCAGUCGACUACCUGGUUGGCUGCAGCUACAGCCUGGGCGCGUUGUCUAUAGCAGCAGGCAGCAGCUGUGGCAGCGUGGGCAUUUUUGAUGUGUCUGUGCCCAGCCGCUCUGGAGAGGACUGCUCCUUCUCUGGGUGCAGGAUGCUGCUCAAGGGCGGGCACUCAGAUGUGGUCCGGUCAGCUCUGUGGCCAUCAGAGCGCAGCCCGGUGUUUUUCACGGCCGGUGAAGAUGCGCGUAUCUGUGCAUGGUCCACUGUGGCCGGAUUAGAGGACGGUGCCGGCAAAAGAAGCCUGGGUGAUGCUGGCGAAUCACAGCCUCAGAAGAAGAGGAAAAAGCAGAAGGGAACCUAG